CCUCGGCCUACAUAGAUAGGUCUAUGUAUCUAAAAAAAAAAAUAGGCCUCUAUCUUGCACUUGAUGUGAGAGAUGGAGAGGUUGCCUCUCUAUAUAAGUGGCAUUAGUUAAAAGGCGCCUAAAAAGUUUAGAUAAUCAGUCAAAUAGUUGACAUAGUCUCAAGUUCCAGAGUAUCUUUGCAACGUGCGGGGUCGGGUGACGUUUUGCUGUCCUCAGAUCAGAGCAGAGGAUUUGAUUCCUCUUCCUCCUCCCCGCAGCAGGUUUCGCUUCGGGAAGACCAGAGACAAACAACCCUAGCCCAUACUGGUGUGUCGAGGCGGAGAGCACCGCGUCGUGGACAGUCAAAUCACAAUGCAAAAAAAAAAAAAUGAACGCACUGGACUCGCAACAACUCUUACUACCGCUCCUCUUCAAAAACAAUAACAGAGGUUGCCGCACGGAUUACACGCUUCUUUAGGAGGAUAAUAUUUCGACUGGGUUUGCGCGUGUGGAAGGAAAAUGCCCUUCUACAAGCGCACGCUAGUUCCCAAUGAUGUCUGUAGAAACGACACGAAGAGGCCAAAUGCGAAUUUCGGGGACUUGGUGGACGUGUGCGGGUUCUCUCUGUGUUCGGUGCUCCGACAGCUCUCGGAUUUAUCCCGACAGUCCGUCAGCAUCUUGGAAGAGCUCGAGGGCGAGCUCGUGUCUGUCUGUCUCCGGUCGGAAACGCUCGAGGGCAAGGUGAUUAGUUUACAACGGCACAUCACCGCGCUCUCCAAAAAGCCACCGCCAAAGACCACUACCAUCUUGGACGCGGAACCGAAGCGUAGCGCGGCGUCGUCGUCGACGGCGGCGGCCCACUUCCGGUCUCCAUGGCAACAGAGUGUUAAUGUGUUUGGCUCGUGGAGCAGGCCGGACUGUGUUCAGGAGUUACACCAGGAGGCUCAGCUUAACCUGCAGAGUCUGCUGCAAGACUUUGAAGAGCAGCUGUACGACACCAAGUUAACAGGCCAGACGUUCCGCCACCCCACAGUGUCUUCCCAGAGUUCUGACGAUACCACCACCCUGAGUCGUUCCCCUAUCUCCCUCAACAACAAGAGACCUGAAUUCCUCUUCCUGCCGGCGUCUAAGAGGCAGGUGUGUGAGGAGGAUGAGACCUCCUCAGUAGGAAUCAAUAGGGGUGUAGACCCGUCCUCCUCCCCAUCACCCUGUGGGUCAGAUCGCCCUCUGGUGGUGUGGAGUAGUACCUCUCUAGGACCCCCCGUGGCCGAGAAACCCCGCUGGCACCUGGGACAACGGACACCCGCUCACCUGCUGCCCCCCGACGUCACAGGUGAGGGUAAAGUCCUGGACGUAGACCUUCUCCAGGGCUCUCUGUCCCUGGGCUGCGGCGUCACCGAUCAGCCCCGGUCUCUGGAGCCCGUCUCAGACACCCCUGUCCAGCACCUUACCCUGAGGAAGACCCACAGUGACCUGGACCCCAGCCUCAGCCUGCCCCAGUCCCCCUGGACUCCACCUCCUACCCUGGGCACCAUGGACCACUCUGCUACCCUUCUCUGCUCCAACUCCCCGUCUCAGUCCUGGAACGGCCCUAAAGGCUCUACCUUCUCUCCUGGAGUCUGGAGUGAGGCCUAUAGUUAUAAUUUAUCUCCCAAUCCAUUAGGGAAGGGACCGCCGACCAUGCCCAAAACGGUGGGGAUGGUUGGGGGGGUAGGGGGGCAGGGUGGAGGGUUGAUGUGCCCCUCUCAGACCAGUUUGGGACUCUCCGGGAGCUCGGGGUCGCAGUCUCACUCUAGUUCGUUCACGUCGAUAUCGGAGUCGUCCUGUCUCAGACACCCGGUAACCAUGGUUAUGAUGACGGGGAGGCGGAGCGAGACAGAGGGCGCGGCGGCUAGCCCCGCAGGGGGACAGACGGGGUCAGAAAGAGGGGUGGGAGAAGGAGAAAGGAGGGAGAGGUCAGCACAUUCCAUCGCUGCAGCCAACGCAUUCAAGUUCCGCGAGCGCUCUCUCUCCACGCCGACAGACUCCGGUUCGUUCUGCUCCACAGAUAACGUCAGUGGCGGGAUGUACAGUGUCACUGGGGUAACAGGAGCCGGUAACGGGACGAACGGAGGUGUUCCAACAGAAAUGCACAGCCACCACCACUAUCAGCCCCGUGGUGAGAGGGGGGAGAGCUAUGCCCUCCUGUAUCCCAGCGGAAGCUCUGAGGACGGUAGCGCCAGCGUCGACAACAUCUCCAUAACCGACGGCAACUUCCUACAGGACGGUCGCCUACGGUUACGCUCUAUCUCCUUAAAGAAGUCCAAACACAAACCCCCGCCGCCCGUCCGGAGCGUCUCGCUCAUGAAGAAUUUAGGGGACGCCGAUGGGCGUGUGCACGGCCGUGACAGAGGUCACUACAGGGAAGGACGCCCCAAAUCCCUCCACAUCCCACGGGAACACCUCCAGGACUUCCAGCCAAACUUUCUCCUACCCUCCUCCUCCUGCCUCUCCAAGCCUGAUCUGGAGGAUCCUGAGCUGGGCUACGGCGGGAUGGACGGGCCCACUGGCCUGGAGGUUCAGGGACCCAACAACACAGAGCUGUCCUCCCCAGCCCACUGGCAGCUGGGGGAGUGGAAGUCUUCUGAUCCAUACCAGUCAUGGUCUGGGUCUAGCACCGCCACAGGGACUACUGUCGUAGACUGUAUGAAGGUUCGAGGCAGUUCAGAGUCUCUCCUGGAUUCCCCGUCUACCUCCCGAGCCUCCUCUCCCUCCCUCCUCUCCAUCGAGUCGACCAAAGCCUCCUCCCCCUUCAAGCCUCCAGGACUCAUGUCCCCUUCCAGCGGCUACUCUAGCCAAUCAGAGACACCCACGCCCAUCACCCCCUCCAAUCAGGUCGCAGGAACAACAACAGGGCCCGCCUCCACAUUUGGGUGUAAGAUGCGCCCCAAAAUCCCUGAGAGGAAGUCUUCGCUGCCGGUGACCUCGCCGCGUGACCCAGCCGCCCGGUCGAGGCUUUCCUUCGAGAUGCCGGUUAACGCUCAUCUAGACUUGUCCUCCAUCAAACCGAAACAGAAAGCCAGCAGGCGUCAUUCUGACACAUCCACUGCAGCCAAACCCGGUAAACUGAGUUCCGUCAGUCAAUCAUCUCUCCCCGUGGUGACCACGAAUGAGCUCCGGAACAUCCGCCUGCGUUCCGUCUCCCGUACUGACCUGGAGGACUUCCCAGACGGAGCCUCUGAUGACAUUAUCGAGGAGGAGCAGGGUCUUGACCUUUCCCCCCCUGGUGUCAACUCCCUUGGGCCCCUCGUUGCCUCCAAACCCAAGCCUCCGGUCGCGGUGAAACCCCCGUUACCCAAACGGCCCUUCAACCUCCUUCUCAAGUGCCCCUACUCCUCUCCCGUUGAUUCCGAAUCCUCCCCUGCCUCCCCCAUUGACCCUCCCCAGCACAUGCCCAACCCCAGCAUUUACAUGGUGGUAGGUAGGAAGUCCAAGCUGAAGAAAGCCCUCCCUCACACCCCCACCAGCCCUUGUGGACCCCUGGACCAAACCCAAACCUUCCAUCUCCAUCACCCCCAGGAUCUUUACAAUCUCCCCUCCUUCCCCCACAUCCAGUCCCUGUACGACCUCCCUCCUCUCCCCCUGCCCCAGCCACUGCUGGAGGACCCCGCCUUAGAGCCGGAGUUCGACCCAGACUUGGAGCUCCAUCUUGGGCUUGAGGGUGGAUGGUCGCUUCCCUCUCCCUGUAGUAACCUAGAGGUGAUGGAGACUCAGGAUAAGAGCAGGACCCUCCCCAGCAGGAUGACCAUCUCCUGUCUGGCCGAACUGGACAAGAAGAAACCUAAGGUUCCUCCACCAGUUCCCAAGAAGCCCAUCAGUCUCCUUCUUCCCUCCAACUCCACCACGGUGCAUUCCAACGGUACCACCGACAGACAGGGAACACAGAUGGACGGCCCAGCCGCUCUCCGCUCUCCUGUUGGAGAGUCCCCACCUGAGGAGAUUCCCGGUAAAGAGGAAAACCACCUGGGAACAGAUGAGGAGAGCUCAAUUGAGUCUUCAUUACAGUCUUCAUUGCAGGAUUGUUCUCUUACAGACCUGGAGGGGAGGAUGGCCACUGUAGAGAUAGGGACAGGUGAUGAUUCAGUGGAGGAGAACGUUGAGCAGAGUAGUUUGGACUUUAGUGGUAAAACGGAACUCCACAUCACAGAGGAAACGGAUGAUGAUGUCGGUGGACACACACUCAGCACACACAACAUGGAGGAUCUCUUCACCAAAAUACACAGGUCGAAGAGAAAAGUCCUGGGUCGUAAAGAACCAGGGGACUCGUUCGGCAGCCGCCAGAGUCUGGUCUCCCCUGUGAAGCACAGCACCAACGGGGGUGACCUCCAAACCUUGACCCUGGGCUCCACUCUGCGGUCCAGCUCGCGGAACGACAACUUCAUGGCCCUGUUACAGAAGAAGGGCAGUAAGUCCAGCAGGGGAGGGACACGCCUCUCUGCCAUGGAGCUCCUCAAGAGCACGAACCCCCUCGCGAGACGCAUCACGGAAUUCUCCACGUCGUCGGACGGAGGAGGGGAUACGACCACCGGUAAUAACAGGACCAGACCGCCCCAGGACCAAUGAGUCCCGGACCGACCCUCCCUCUCUCUCUCCUACUAAAGAGAUUCUUGCUGUAACCUCACCAACACCAACAGCGGGCUGGCAAAGUAGAGGUUGAAUAUAUAACCACUUGUCGACCAUUGAUCGACCAUGUAAAUGGACCAUUGAUGGAAGAAUGAAUAUCCAACCAGACCACUCAACCACUGAUGGACCGAUCCGAUGGUCACAGCGGUCAUCAAAGGAGUUUUGUUUCCAGACACGGUCCAUGCUGUUAUGAAGGUGUUUCAUUUGCUGAGUUGGAGGAAUUUUGAGUCAAUGCUUCAACUCAUCAAUCCCGUUCUCGUAUUUUUACUUUGCUGUGUGAAUGGUACUGUGCAGCCAGGCUCAUUGUGUGAAUACCUUACCAGGGAAAGAAGGAAAGAUUAGAUAUUACCUUCACUCUGGGAGCCUGAACGUAUGACUGUCAAUGAUGUGGAAAUGAAUCUGAUUCAACCAUGGAUACACCGCCAGUGUCUACUAUCAACGCGCCAUCCAACAACAGCCAGAUUACAGGCCAAUGCUGGUCAAAUAAACCACAUUGAACUUAAGGCUUUUGAAUACAUGGUGUGAGUAUGUGUUAUAUUAAAAACAAGAAUGGUCAUAUACUACGGUUAUUACGUAUAGUCCAAAACAUUCUACAGGAAGAUGGACAGUUGGACCUGGUACCAAGCCCUACCCCUUUACGUUCAAUCAAAGCACUUGGACGACGGCAAACAAAACUCGUUCACAACAACGACGACAUACAGAGCUAGUUCACAACAACGACGGCAUACAGAGGUAGUUCACAACAACGACGGCAUACAGAACUCGUUCACAACAACGACGUCAUACAGAGCUAGUUCACAACGACGACGGCAUACAGAGCUAGUUCACAACAACGACGACAUACAGAGGUAGUUCACAACAACGACGGCAUACAGAACUCGUUCACAACAACGACGGCAUACAGAGCUAGUUCACAACAACGACGACAUACAGAACUAGUUCACAACAACGACGGCAUACAGAACUCGUUCACAACAACGACGGCAUACAGAACUCGUUCACAACAACGACGGCAUACAGAACUCGUUCACAACAACGACGGCAUACAGAACUCGUUCACAACAACAACGGCAUACAGAGCUAGUUCACAACAACGACGUCAUACAGAGCUAGUUCACAACGACGACGGCAUACAGAGCUAGUUCACAACAACGACGACAUACAGAGGUAGUUCACAACAACGACGGCAUACAGAACUCGUUCACAACAACGACGGCAUACAGAGCUAGUUCACAACAACGACGACAUACAGAACUAGUUCACAACAACGACGGCAUACAGAACUCGUUCACAACAACGACGGCAUACAGAACUCGUUCACAACAACGACGGCAUACAGAACUCGUUCACAACAACGACGGCAUACAGAGAUAGUUCACAACGACGACGGCAUACAGAGGUAGUUCACAACAACGACGUCAUACAGAGGUAGUUCACAACAACUAUGGCAUACAGAACUCGUUCACAACAACGACGGCAUACAGAGGUAGUUCACAACAACGACGGCAUACAGAACUCGUUCACAACAACGACGGCAUACAGAACUCGUUCACAACAACGACGGCAUACAGAACUCGUUCACAACAACGACGGCAUACAGAACUCGUUCACAACGACGACGGCAUACAGAGGUAGUUCACAACAACGAUGACAUACAGAGGUAGUUCACAACAACGACGGCAUACAGAACUAGUUCACAACAACGACGUCAUACAGAGCUAGUUCACAACGACGACGGCAUACAGAGCUAGUUCACAACAACUAUGGCAUACAGAACUAGUUCACAACAACGAUGGCAUACAGAACUAGUUCACAACAACGACGGCAUACAGAACUCGUUCACAACAACGACAGCAUACAGAACUAGUUCACAACAACGACGGCAUACAGAGGUAGUUCACAACAACGACGGCAUACAGAACUCGUUCACAACAACGACGGCAUACAGAGGUAGUUCACAACAACGACGGCAUACAGAACUAGUUCACAACAACGACGGCAUACAGAGGUAGUUCACAACAACGACGGCAUACAGAGCUAGUUCACAACAACGACGGCAUACAGAACUCGUUCACAACAACGACAGCAUACAGAGGUAGUUCACAACGACGACGGCAUACAGAACUCGUUCACAACAACGACGGCAUACAGAGGUAGUUGACAACAACGACGACAUACAGAACUAGUUCACAACAACGACGGCAUACAGAGGUAGUUCACAACAACGACGGCAUACAGAACUAGUUCACAACGACGACGGCAUACAGAACUCGUUCACAACAACGACGGCAUACAGAGGUAGUUGACAACAACGACGACAUACAGAACUAGUUCACAACAACGACGGCAUACAGAACUAGUUCACAACAACGACGACAUACAGAACUAGUUCACAACGACGACGGCAUACAGAACUCGUUCACAACAACGACGGCAUACAGAGGUAGUUCACAACAACGACGGCAUACAGAGGUAGUUCACAACAACGACGACAUACAGAACUAGUUCACAACAACGACAGCAUACAGAACUCGUUCACAACGACGACGGCAUACAGAGCUAGUUCACAACAACGACGGCAUACAGAGGUAGUUCACAACAACGACGACAUACAGAGCUAGUUCACAACAACGACGGCAUACAGAACUCGUUCACAACAACGACGGCAUACAGAACUCGUUCACAACAACGACGGCAUACAGAACUCGUUCACAACAACGACGGCAUACA